AUGGACACUUCAUCCAAGGAAAAUAUCCAGUUAUUCUGCAAAAAUUCCGUGCGACCUGUUGGAAGUCCUUCCUUGAAAACAGAAUAUCCCUGCCCGGAGGAAAAACAACCUUGUUGUGGUGAGCUAAAGGUAUUCCUUGGUGCAUUGUCUUUCGUUUACUUUGCCAAAGCAUUGACAGAAGGCUACCUGAAGAGCACCAUCACUCAGAUAGAGAGAAGGUUUGAUAUCCCUUCCUCACUGGUGGGAGUUAUUGAUGGUAGUUUUGAAAUUGGGAAUCUCUUAGUUAUAACAUUUGUUAGCUACUUUGGAGCCAAACUUCACAGGCCAAAAAUAAUUGGAGCAGGGUGCCUAAUCAUGGGAGUGGGGACAUUGCUCAUUGCAAUGCCUCAGUUCUUCAUGGAGCAGUACAGCUAUGAGAAAUAUUCUUCUUUCUCCAAUUCCACUCUCAGCAUCUCUCCAUGUGUCUUGGAGACAGAUAGUGAAUUACCAAUUUCAGUCAUGGAAAAAUCACGAUCUAAAAUAAAUAAUGAAUGUGAAAUUGAUGCCAGCUCCUCCAUGUGGGUUUAUGUUUUUCUGGGGAAUCUUCUUCGUGGAAUAGGAGAAACUCCCAUUCAGCCUCUGGGCAUCACCUACCUUGAUGAUUUUGCCAAUGAGGACAAUGCAGCCUUCUAUAUUGGGUGUGUGCAGACGGUUGCAAUUAUAGGACCAAUCUUUGGCUUCCUAUUAGGCUCAUUAUGUGCCAAACUGUAUGUUGACAUUGGCUUUGUAAACCUAGAACAUAUAACCAUUACUCCAAAGGAUCCCCAGUGGGUAGGGGCCUGGUGGCUUGGUUAUCUAAUAGCAGGAAUCAUAAGUCUUCUCGCAGCUGUGCCUUUCUGGUGUUUACCAAAGAAUCUGCCGACACCUCGUGGUCGAGAAGAUUCCAAUUCCUCCUCUGAAAAAUCCAAGUUCAUCAUGAAUGAUCACACAGACUAUCAAACACCCUGUGGAGAAAAAGCCAAAAUAAUAGAAAUGGCAAGAGAUUUUCUUCCAUCACUGAAGAAUCUUUUUGGAAAUCCAGUGUACUUCUUAUAUUUGUGUGCAAGCUCUGUUCAGUUCAAUUCCUUAUUUGGCAUGGUGACAUAUAAACCAAAAUACAUUGAGCAACAGUAUGGGCAAUCAACCUCCAAGGCCAACUUUGUGAUUGGGCUCAUUAAUAUACCUGCAGUGGCUCUUGGAAUAUUCUCUGGGGGGAUCAUUAUGAAAAAGUUCAGAAUAGGUGUGUGUGGAGCUGCAAAACUCUACUUGGGAUCAUCUGUCUUCGGUUAUCUCCUGUUCCUUUCCCUGUUUGCAUUGGGCUGUGAAAAUUCUGAAGUGGCAGGACUAACUGUCUCCUACCAAGGAACCAAAUCUGUCUCUUAUCAUGAAAGAGCACUUUUUACAGAUUGCAAUGCAAGAUGCAAAUGUUCAGAGACAAAAUGGGAACCCAUGUGUGGUGAAAAUGGAAUCACGUAUGCAUCGGCUUGUCUUGCUGGUUGUCAAACCUUCAUCAGGAAUGGAAAAAAUAUUAUAUUUUAUAACUGCACCUGUGUGGGAAUUGCACCGUCUACAUCAGGAAAUUCCUCAGGCAUGGUGGGCAGGUGUCAAAAAGAUAAUGGAUGUCCCAACAUGUUUCUAUAUUUCCUUGUAAUUUCAGUCAUCACAUCUUAUACUUUAUCCUUAGGUGGCAUACCUGGAUACAUAUUGCUUUUGAGAUCCAUUAAACCACAACUUAAGUCUUUUGCCCUGGGUAUCUAUACCUUAGCAGUAAGAGUCCUUGCAGGAAUCCCAGCUCCAGUAUAUUUUGGUGUUUUGAUUGACACUUCAUGCCUCAAAUGGGGAUUUAAAAGAUGUGGAAACAGAGGAUCCUGUAGAUUAUAUGAUUCAAAUGGCUUCAGAUAUAUAUAUCUGGGACUAACUGUGAUGCUGGGUACAGUGUCCAUUUUCUUAAGUAUUGCAGUACUUUUUAUUUUAAAGAAGAAAUGUGUUUCAAAACAUAGAAACUUUAUAACCAAGAGAGAAAAAACAGUCAUCUCUACAAGACUCAGGAAGGAAAACUGUGCUACAAAUGACCAUUGGCUACAUCCCAACUAUUGGCCAGGCAAGGAAACAAGACUUUAG